UUUCUGUAGCACGGCGUUAUUUUUGUGGGGGGCGCUCGAGGAUGAAAAGGGGGGACCGCAACCCCGCAGGCCCCACAUCGGUGGACAUAACUCAGGGAACCGGGAAAGCCCCUCAUGUCCUCCAGGCUGGGAAUAUCAGAGAAUUCCUGAAAAGGAUGCCGGGAGAACAGAUUAAGGAAGAACCAGGGGAGAGUUCCCUUCAGUUGUGGGAGGUCCAAUGGCAGGAAUUCCUGAAGACGGUGGAGGCUCCUCACCCAGGUUUGGGGAUCCCAGGGCUUCCAGAGAAGUCCUCCCCAUGGGACGACGCCAAGGCCUUCCUGGCCUCCUUCGAGCAAGUGGCCGAGGCCUGCCGGUGGCCCAAGGAAGAGUGGGCGGCCCGACUCCAGCCGGCCCUCAGUGGAGAAGCCGAACAGGCCUUUCGCAGGCUGCAGGCCCGAGACAGAGAGGACUAUGGGAUGGUGAAGGCGGCCAUCUUGCGAGGGGACGCCCUCAGCAGAGAGAAGGUCCGCCAGCACUUCCGCCGCUUCUGCUACCAGGAGGCCGAGGGGCCGCGGUUUGCUUACAUCCGACUCCAGGAGCUUUGCUGCCGUUGGCUGAAAUUCGAACGGCACUCCAAGGAGCAGAUCCUGGAGCUGCUGAUCUUGGAGCAGUUGUUGACCAUCCUGCCCUCCCACAUCCAGAGCUGGGUCCGGGAACGUGGGCCAGAGACCUGCUCCCAAGCGGUGGCCCUGGCCGAGGACUUCCUUUUGAGACAGGAAGUGGACCAGAGACAAGAAGACCAGGUGACCUUUGAGGAGGUGGCCGGGAGUUCCUCCGAAGCGGUCCAGCCUCCAUCCGCGGCCGAGCAGAGGCAGCUGUGCAUGGCGACCAAGCAGGAAGUUGAUGACGGAGAUUCCAACCUGUUGGAACAGGGCAUUGCUGGUCCGUGA